AUGGAAGAUGACAUUCCACGACAAGGCAAAGCAGAGUACGUUCUGAAUGGCCCAGAAAAUAUUAGUGGACGGCAGAUCACGGAUCUCGUCAAGCAUGAGAUUGGCACCAAGGACGUUUCCUGGGUUGAGUAUGUGGCGGCACAGAGUUCAGAGCCCAAAUCCAUUAUCAGCUCACUCAGGUUUGCCCAAGUCACGACUUGGGAAGGAAAAUGCACGUCCUACACAACAAGUCAGGAAGUCCUGCGUCUGGCCGCGCCGAAGGUCACGCCCGCAACCUACUUCAAGACCAUGCUGCAGAACUAG